AUGCAAGCCUUGGAGGGCGAGAUCAGCGGCGUGCGCCUGGGCAGUGACGGCAUGGAGGCUGGCGUGGCCGCGGCACGGCGUGCGGCCGCCCGCAGGCACCAGCUGCUGGCUGACUUUGAGGAGGGCGGAGUCUAUAUGGGAGAUAUCGAGGGCGCGGAGGAAGACUAUGAAGACCCCGAGGAGAUGUUCAAUGAUGCGGGCAUGGCUUUUGAGCCCUUUCACCUGAAACGGGAGCGCGAAGAGGGAUACUUUGAUGAGGACGGCAACUACGUUGAAUUCAAGAGCGACGAUGUGGAAGACGCCUGGGCCGACGGGCUGGCCAAUGUGGAGGUGGACGAGGAGUGGCUGAGACGAGUGAUGCGGGGGCGCAGCAGGGCUGCGGCAGAUGUGGGGGCGGCGGGAGCGGAGGAGCCAGACCUGGCGCCGGAGCAGAUCCGCAGCCACAAGCGCAGGAUUGUGGACAUGCUGCUCCCCGGGGAGAACGUGCUGCAGGCGCUCCGCCGGCUGGCCCGCGUGCGCCAGCUUGGCGGCGGCGGCGCCGCGGGUGGGCCGGCCACCCCGGCCGGCGACCCACUCACCCGCCACCCUCGAGCCUUGGGCAACCAGGCCAUGCCGCCCACGGUUCGGGAGCGGUUUGAGCAGCUGACAGAGCUGAGCAGCGUGUUGAUGGAGCAGGGCGUGUACAGCGUGCACAGCAUGACGCGGGAGCAGCUGGAAAGCAGCAUCGCCGGCGACAGUGGCGGCGGCAGUGGCGGCGGCAGUGGCGGCGGCGGCCCUGCUGCUGCUGGCAGCGUUGGGGAAGGGGCCCUGGUUGCUGCCAAUGGCACAGCCAGCGCAGAUGCGGGGCAGCAGCUGGCGGAACGGCUGCUUGCUGCAGCUGCGGGGUCGGGGGCUGGCGGCGGCAAGAAUGGGUCUGCCAGCGGCGUGGAUGGCGAGGAGGCAGCGGCCGCGGCUGUGCGGCACCAGGUUCGGGCGGUAGCGGAUGCUGAGCGGGACAUCUUUGCGCAGCAGCCUGCGGGGACCCAGGAUCACGGGGCAGCCCCCCAGCGCGACGCAUCUGGGGACGUCAGCAUGCAGGACCAGCAGCACGAGGGCGCGGCGGCAGCAGCCCCCGGUGCCUCUGGUGGCGGGUUGCCGCCGCCCGGCGACGAGCUGGAUGGUUUUGUGCUGGACAGCGCCACCGGGCUGCUCUACAACUCGUCCCUCGGUUGCUACUACGACUCGUCGCGCAGCCUGUUUGGGGAUGCCAGCAGCGGCCUCUGGUACCGCUUAGAUGGCGGCACCGGAGAAUACCAGCUGGCCAGCUGA